GUCAAUGCCUUUCUUUUAGGUCUAUAAUGGUCAAUGCACAUCAUGAUAAUCAGAGAGAAACUGUUGAACAUGUCUUGUUAGAAUGUCCAGCAUAUCACACUGAAAGAACCAUCCUGUUAGAAAAUGUCAAACCAUUAUGCAAAUCUCACAUUGGGAAAUAUACUUUCAUUUUCAACAGUUGGUGGCGGUAAUGCGCCAAGUUGGAUGCAAACCGCCAAUACAAUCGAAAGAAGAAGGAGAGCGGACAACACUGUGAGAGUGAACCUGCAUGCAGCUGUAAUGCACUUCUACUACACUUUCUGAGUGUCUGGACUGCUCGUUUUUCGAAUGUGUCCUUCGUAUUUGUUAGAUCAUGUUUCUUGCGCGGCAGUUUGGGCAUAAUGUUUCUAUUUUAAACAAAACAAUUCCCUUCCAGUGUCGUCUCUCACAGAGUUUUCCGUAUGGGAGCAGCAGAUCCUCUGACAAUGACCGUGACCAGGACCAAAGUGUGCUCGUGGAUAUUCCAAUCGAUCGCUUGAAAAUUAACUAUAGCCGGAGCAGUGGACCCGGUGGUCAACACGUAAACAAAGUGAACUCCAAAGCAGAGGUUCGUUUCCAUGUGCAAACGGCUGAUUGGAUUUCAGCAGAGGUGCGCACUGAGCUCCUGCAAAGGUAUAAGACUCGUGUGAACAAGGCAGGGGAACUUGUGGUCACGUCGGAGGUGAGUCGCAGCCAACACAAGAACCUGGCCGAGUGUGUGCAGAAGAUUCGCCACAUGAUCUCAGAGGCCAGCUACAUGCCUCCGGAGCCCUCCGAAGAGGACCUCGCUCUCAGGGCCAAACGGUUGGAGAAAAGAGACCAGGAGCGCUUGAAGCAGAAGAAACUUCUGUCUGCACUGAAGAAGUCACGGCGUAUGGAUUUUGACUGAAAUAUCAGGGAAUAUCAGUAUAUCACUGGAUAGAAAUCAGAGACUGUAGUCCAGUGAAUAUGCACACUUAAGAUCUUCAUAUUUAUUUAUGUAUUAGUGGGAACAAAUAAUAAAACAGCUUUUACAU